CAAAAAAAAUAUCUUAUAAUGAUGAUGAUCAUUAUUCAUUAGUGUAAUGUAAUGCCAUUUUGCAUUAAUUUUGAAACUUAUUUUAAAAAUCAGAAUUUUACUGGUUUCAAGAAUGUAAAGAGUGACCGCUAACGUUUCGUGUAAAAAAAUCGUCGCCCAGUCAUACACAGUAAGUCGUAAGUAAGAGGACGGUGAGAGGCGGGCAAAAGCGAUCGAUAGGACGAGCGGCGCGGCGCUGCAGUCGGCAAACCGGCUGCCUGAUGCCGUCGCGGUCGACUCGGUUGUGCUAAGCCUGGAGCCGAGCGCCGGAGCCGAGCCGCGCCGAGCGAACACCGCGCGCCGUGCGUCGCGUCCGCUGCCGCCACCGCACCGUCUCGACUCGCCGCCGCGGCGGCACUUCGCCAGCGCCUCUCCGGCACUCCGGCGAGCACUCGCGUCGCGAUUCGACGCGUGACGCGACCAUGCGCGGCGAUCGCGCCGCCCGCGACAACCGUCACAACAAGGAUCACGACAACCUAAAAUCGUCUCUCAAAAAAGGAAGCAAAUCAAAAAAACACAGAGUCGUUUUUGACGAGAGCGCGAAUGAAUUUUUCGAAGCGGAUUACAUUAUUGUCGUACGCGAUGAGUGCGGGUAUUCAGAUGAAGGCGAGAGCGAAGAGUGCUCGGGUUGUGGGGCGUGCGAGCAGCGUUACCAGGAGCCGGAGCCCGGGGCGCUCAGCCCGCCGGAAGGGUACAAGGAUAUGGGGCUGUUCAACAGGGAUGGCACGUUGCGAGAGCAGGCGUGGUGGGAGACUGGUGACGUGCUGCUGGUGGGCGAGCGCUCGGGCACGGUGUUCACGCCGCAGCACCUGCAGCUGCUGCGGCGGCUGCAGCGGGAGCGGAUGCUGCGGUCCACCAUCUGCGCGGACUGCGACGCACACGCCGCGCUUCACCAGCCGCUCGAAAUGGAGUACGAAUAUGAGGAAGAGGAAGCGAACGAGGCGGACAAAGAGUUGCGGCCGGUAGUUCGGCGCACGGCCAAGCACAUAGCGGCCGGGGAGGAGCGCCCUAGGAUCAACUCUAGCCAGCAGACUACACCUACUGAAGAAUGCCCGUCAGAGAUGUUUAUAGAGGAUAACCAAAUAGAACUGCCUUCUGCGCCUAUAACAAGCGAAGAGAGUGACACGGGAGACGCGGAAGGUCGGCAGUCUUCCGAGAACUCUCCUUCGAGGCAGCGGCGAGGGGGCAUCCUGAAAGGCGGCCGACUCUGGAAAUCGCUCGACAACGACAAGGAUAUUAUCGAACAGAAUGACGACCAGCGUUCAACUACGACGGCUAGCGACGAGGACGGGUCCUUCACGCCGCGCUCAGUGCGUUUCGUCGAGAGGCCCAAGGAGCCGAGUGAAGACGCCUCUUCACAAAAGAGCGAAGUCUCUGCUCGGACGUCCUUGUCUGAUAGUGAAACCUCCACUCAAAAGGACAAUUCAAGUAAUACACAGAGACUUGAAACUCCGCUGAUAGUUUCAACUCAAACAGCGAAGCCCAACUCAGCCGUGCAGCAACUUUUCAAUAGCAGUAGGCCGCCGCCUCCAGCUAUCGAGCCACAGUUGGUUACUUCGGAAACUCUAAGAGCUUGGGACGCCGGUGUCAGGCCUAAGACCGAGGAAGCAGCCGUUCGUCGGGUAGCCGAGAGAAAUGCCCUGCGGUGCUCUCUACUGCGGAGCGAAGCGAGAAAGAAACAACAACCCAAGCAAGAGACAACGUCACUGGCCGAGCGAAUAAGACUCCUCACAUGUGACGUGGAGGACGAAGGCGAGGAGCAGCGCGCGUCGCCGGCCGGCGCCGCGGCCGACAAGUACUGCAGCGGCAGCGACAAGUCCAGCGACAAGUCCUACAACAGCGUCGACCGGAACAACGAGAAGGCGUUCGGCAGCGCCUCGUCAAGUUCCUCAUCGUCCACGCUGUCGGUCACGCCCGCGAUCGGACGCCAGAUACCCCCCGACUUGGGAGAUGUUCAUCAGGAACCGCAGAAGCCUCGUCCGGAGCCUCGAAGACAGUUCCUGUCGACACUAGCGCCCCUGACGGCGUGCGUGGGCAGCGCGGCGCACCACGAGGGCUUCUACUACGUGCCGCCCGGCGAACGCACCUCCGCCUCCACCAACAUCGACCUGCAGGAGCACAGCGACGCUCCGGCGCCCGACGUCGUCGCCGGGACCCCGGGUACGUCUGCCACUAGACACUUGCUGGCGACACUAGCGCCCCUGACGGCGCGCGUGGGCAGCGCGGCGCACCACGAGGGCUUCUACUACGUGCCGCCCGGCGAGCGCACCUCCGCCUCCACCAACAUCGACCUGCAGGAGCACAGCGACGCUCCGGCGCCCGACGUCGUCGCCGGGACCCCGGGUACGUCUGCCACUAGACACUUGCUGGCGACACUAGCGCCCCUGACGGCGCGCGUGGGCAGCGCGGCGCACCACGAGGGCUUCUACUACGUGCCGCCCGGCGAGCGCACCUCCGCCUCCACCAACAUCGACCUGCAGGAGCACAGCGACGCUCCGGCGCCCGACGUCGUCGCCGGGACCCCGGGCGCUGGUGAUGGUGACGACGGCUUAGCAGCGUUCGCGCGCGCCUCCGGCCCGCGGACCGAGCGGCUGCGGCAGCGCUACGGGCACGAGUCGCAGCCGGCGAGCAGCGACGACGAACACGACGAUUACGGAUUCCACCGCCGUCCAGCGGUCCGUGGCAUCGCGAUCAAGCAGCAGCUGGGCGCGUCCGAGGACAUCCUGCAGCAGAUGCAGAACGACCUGCAGCCGUCGCCCGGCGCCGCGCCCGCCGCCGCGCCCGCGCACGCCUGCCAGCGCACCAGCUCCAACUACUCCUGGCCGUACUACUCCGAGGCGAACCUCAACUCGAGGCCGCAGAGCAGGGCCAGUGCCACCUCCAAUUGGUCGCAGAAGUCGUCCGAGUACGUGUCGGGGCGACAGUGCGGCAGCACGCCGGUGCCGCACGGCGACGCGUGCUACGGGCCGGCGGCGGGCGCCGCGUACGCGCCCUACCAGCACCGGCAGGACGCCGUCUACAAGAACUGCUCGCUCUACGCCAAUGUGGGGUAUGUUACUGCCUAA